AUGUCUACAUCAAAUAAGCGAUAAGCAAUAAAUUAUAAGCAAAUGGCAAAAGUUUAUAGACAAUGUGCAGAGACACAAAAAUUGAUAGAUGAUUUGGAGAAGAAAAAUAAAAUUAACAUAGAUAAAUUCGUUCCACUUGAUUAUUUGGAGCUACCUGCUAAGAUACCUAAUAUUAUAUCAAUUUCACUUAAGAACAAAAAAAGAUUUGCUUUAGAGAACAUUAUCAAGGAUGGGGUUUAAAAUUCAUAGUAAAAGAACCAAAACUCUAAAAGUAAGCAAAAAGAGAAAAGUGCAAUUGUAAUAAAUAGUGAAUGA